GCUGUUAAUACGCGUGCGUGCGCGGGCGCAUCGGGAAGGCAUGCAUAUCGUGUAGCGACACGUGUCGGAAAAAGAGACGCUGUUGUGGAUGUGCAACGUUCCAAACUGCUGGACCGACGAACGAGAUAUUGAUUCGCUCACUCAAGCAACGUGUGAUGACACAGGAGUGGGCGCGGCUGUAAACAAGAAAGCGGAGCAAAGAGGGUGAAAAUGAACAUGCACUGCCAAUCACUGACAUGAAUGAUAAAAAGAUGUGCCAGGCUGUCCAAGGGUCUCUGGAGAUGGCACACAAAUGUGAAGAGGAAGUCCCAGAAGAGAAGAAUUUCACUUUAGACAAGGCUAUCCUUAUAAUGUGUACUACGGAGAGAAGUAUUCACAUUAAGAAAGAAGACUGCGAAUGGGAAUCUGUACACUUUCAACAUGAGAAUCCUGGCAUUAACAAGGAGAUGGAUUGUGAAAAAGUGAUUAUAGACAUUAAGCAAGACUUUGAGCAGACAUCUGGCUUGCAGAAUUGUGAAAUUUCAAGCAGUUCAGAGGAAGACGCCAUUAAAGCAGAGUCUUCCCCUCUGAGUAUUUGCCCAGCUGUGGAGGUAACUGAAUCAUCAGCUCAGAUUUGGAGCAGACAUUACAAUGAACAUUCUCUUGGCGUGAGGUCCGAAUCCCUGGAUUCAGCACCAAAGAUGGUAGAGAAACCAGCAUCUUUAAGUUGCUCUGGAAAAAACUCCCAAGACGAUGGCAGCUGCCCUGUGUCUUCACCUAAUGAGGCAUCACGUCCGGACAGAGUUGCAGGUAAACUAAAUCAGAAUGGAGCUAAGAUGCGUGCUGUUGGAGAACGUGGCAAGAAUUCCUGGCGUAAAAUUUGUCUUCUGGCACAAGUCAGAAGCCAUAAUGGAGAAACCCUUUUUUGCUGCACAGACUGUGAUAAGCAAUUUACACGAAUCAAUUCUCUUCAAGAGCACAAGAGAGUUCAUACUGGAGAGAAGCCAUAUUGCUGUAUGGAGUGUGGCAGACAGUUUUCUCGAAAGAAUUGUUUUUAUGCACAUAAAAAAGUUCAUAAUGGGGAGAAGCCAUAUUGCUGUACGGUAUGUGGCAAGAAAUUUGCACGGAAAAGUUCUCUUCGAAUACACAAUAAAUCUCAUACUGGGGAAAAACCCUAUUCCUGUACUGAAUGCAACAAGAUGUUUACCCUCCUAAGUAGUCUUCAGAGGCACAAACGGACACACAAGUUGUCAUAUUGCUGUACGAUAUGUGAACAGCAAUUCAGCAAUGCAGGUGCUCUUCAGGAACAUGACAGAACUCAUACUAGAGAGAAGCCCCAUUCAUGCCAAGAAUGUGGCAAGAAUUUCAAGUGGAAAAGCUACCUGCGUAGGCACAAGCAAAUGCACACUGGAGAGAAGCCCUAUUCCUGUAUAGAAUGUGACAAGAAGUUCAGUCAUGCAAGCAGCCUGAAGAGGCACAAGAGACUUCACACUGGGGAACGGCCAUAUGGCUGCGUGGAGUGUGGCAAACAGUUCACCUAUUCAAGUGCUCUCCAAGAGCAUGAGAAGAGUCACACUGGAGAAAAGCCGCAUUGCUGUGCAAAAUGUGGUAAGCAGUUCUCAACUUUAGAUGCUCUUCAGGAACACGAUAAAAUUCACCCUGGUCAGAAUAUCUAUUGCUGUCACGAAUGUGGCAAACAAUUCAUGUGGAAAAGUCACUUUGACAUACACAAAAGAAUUCACACUGGAGAGAAGCCAUAUAGUUGUGCCUUGUGUGGCAAGACAUUCGGACAUCUGAGUUCUUUUCUGAAACACAAGAAAAUCCACACAGGUGAGAAGCAAUAUUUCUGUAAACAGUGUGGCAAGUGCUUUACCCUAAAAAACUGUCUUCAAGCCCAUGAGAGAAUCCACACUGGGGAGAAGCCCUAUUGCUGCAAUGAAUGUGGCAAGCGAUUUCGGGCGUUUGGUACUUGGUCGAGACACCAGAUCGUUCAUACUCAGGAGAAGCCAUAUGGCUGCAUUGAAUGUGGCAAGCAAUUUAGGGCGUUUGUUACUUGGAAGAGACACCAAAUCCUUCAUGCUGGCUAGAGGCCAUAUUGCUGCAAUGAAUGUGGCAAGCGAUUUACAGCGAUUGGAGACACAAGUGUUCAUAUCACUGUACAGAAUGCGGCAAGAGAUUUGUACAAGUAGAUCAUCUUCAAAGUCAUAGAAAAAUUCACACAAAACAGAAAACCAGCCAAACAGAAAUGGAGACUGCUACUCUUUGAGAAACCGUAUUACUUUCAAGUAAUGAUCCUUAACCUUUUUUUGACUCACGGACCCCUUUAAGAAUCUGAUGAAAGCGAUAGACCCCCUUCCCCAGAAAUAUUCACACAAACACAAUUUGCAUGCAACGAAUAGAACAUUGUCGGGCAACCAAUUUUCUAGGGGCGCCGUGAAAACUUUUGUAAAAUAUUUAAAAUUGGUAGUGUUUUUGAACUUUUGGUUGAUUAAAAAGAUAAUGUUUAAAAAUAUAUAUGUUAUGUUGUUAGAUAACUGAACAUCAUACGGAAAUGAAGUCUAAGAAACGCGAGAGACUUCAAGUGAUCGACAAGGGAA